ACCGCAGCACAGAGCAGCUAGUUGUCGUUUGACUGAUACAAUAAAGCAGCGUCCGUUUAUAUAGCCUACUGUCUAUGAUUAAUCGACUGCUUUUCUCACACGAAAGGCCAAUUUAGGGCGAGGAAGAAUGAGUAUACGAGGUGUCCAUGAAGGCAACACAGGUUAUCACGACCAUCACUAUAGUCUCAUCCGCCAACACCGAGGUGUCACUUUAGGCAGCUAGUUCCCAGUCUUACCUUGCGUUUAAUUGAACCAUUUUGAUACACAUUUCCGCUUGACAUCUCGGGACGUUUGGUGCCAUGAAGGGAAUCAGGGUUUUUGUGUUUUUUUUGGUGCUUUCUGCGUCUCUGCUGUGCACAGCCGAAGCGGCCAGGAGCAGGACCAGCAACCAGAACAGCUUCCGACGGGCAGCUAACGGAAUCUACCAGACUCUGAGCAGUGUUUUCGGAGAGGACAACAUUAGAGGGUUAUACAAGUUUUUCUCCAAAACGACGGAGCGGUUUGUCCAUGGCGUGGACUCUUUUCUCGACACGAUCUGGAAGAUCUGGUCAGAUUUGUUGGAUGUCAUGGGCAUUGACUCCUCAAACCUCAGCCACUACUUCAGCCCCACAUCUCUCACCAACUCUCCGGCACGCGCCCUGCUCUUGGUUGCCGCCGUACUUGUGGCCUACUGGUUCCUUUCCAUGUUCUUGGGGGGUUUCUUUUACCUGCUGCACGCUGUGUUCGGCCGCUUCUUCUGGCUAGCACGUGUCACGCUCUUUGCCCUGUCCUGUCUCUAUAUCCUGCAGAAGUUUGAGGGCGACCCUGAGCGUGCGGUGCUGCCACUUUGCUUCAUUAUGGCGGUGUACUUCAUGACGGGGCCCGUGGGAGCGUACUGGCGUCGAGGAGGUGGGGCAGGUUCACUGGAAGAGAAAAUCGACCACCUGGACACUCAGAUCAGGCUGCUUAACAUCAGGCUGAGCCGCGUCAUAGACGGCCUGGAACGCUCCGGGGACCAGUAGGGAGCAGCAAGGAUGAGGGGGAGGGAGCUGCAGUUGAUGUCAGAAUGCUUUUUUCCUGUACACAUCUGCAGUAACACAACUACUGGGUAUUUACAACUCUAUUGUCAGAUGGGCGACAAAACUAGAUUUGAAAACCGUAUUUUAAAUGCUUGAGUUGAUUUUAGUUACAGAAUACCUACAAAUCCUCAGAGGUGUGGACAGUUGACUUGGAGCUUACGCAAAUCAACCAAACCACUACUUUUCUUUAUGCUUGUCUCAAGGCUUUAAUUGAAAGGCUUUUGCUACAUCUGUGAGGAAGUUAUCAGAGAGAUGUCUAUGGUUUUCUAAAUGCUGGCCUAAUUCUACACCUCAGCUAUUUUUGAGAAACUCCCAAGUUGGGGUUUGAAGUUUUGGUGUUUGGAUAAGCAUUGUCAAUGCUUUUGCUAAAUGAAUAAUCCUAUUUUA